UCCACUUUUUGAUUGAAAAGACAGAAAUACCCUUUACAUUAAAAUUUAAAAAAAUGGCCACUUUCUCUAUCUCUCUUCCCUCGUCCUAAUCGAGAACAAAAUUUCCAACUUGUAAAAUCCCUAACUUCAUCUCCUUCAAUUUGCGGCGAAGACCACCGCUAUCAGUCCGACGCCGUCGCCGCCGUAGUUGCAGGGCCACCUGCGACGCCACACUCUCUUCUCCUUCAGGUAAUGAUCGAAAUUCGGCGGAUCGGCGUGGCCGAACUCGGUGCGGAUCUCGAUGAUUAAGAUCUCCAUGGCAGACGUCGAGGUAGAGCGCGCCGGCGGCGAGUUAGUCGUAGAUGGAGAGGUUUUGGCACUAGGCGAAGGGGAGUUCUAGACCUCCGAUUUGGCACGCGGCAGUCUCUCUCUCUGUCUCUCACAAAUCCAAAUCGAAACACACACACACGACUCAAAUCUAUCGGGCUCCCUCUCCUCAAGGUCGUGUUAUGGAAGCGAUGGGCCGGCAGCCGGGAUGCUGUCGUACCCGCUCGGAUUAUUUGAUAUCCCCCUUUUCUGCUUCACUUUCCUGCUGAAGAGAAUAGAGAACAAAAUUAAUCGGCAAGUGACCUUCUCCAAGCGGCGAUCGGGACUUCUCAAAAAAGCUCAUGAGAUUUCCAUCCUCUGCGAAGCCGAUGUCGGCUUAAUCGUCUUCUCCACCUAGGGCAAGCUCUUUGAAUAUGCUACUGAUUCGUGGUAUAUUGAACUGCAUUCUUGAUACAAGCAAGAUAGAAGCUGGGAAGAUGCAGCUUGAGGAGCAAGUGUUCGACGUGGAGCAGCUUCUGGAGGUCGUGGUUGAUCUAUACUAUCCUGCUGGCAUGAAUAAAGGCGUAGAUGUGAUCUUAGAUCCAUGCGAUGGCUCUGUCUCGAGAUGUCGUUGGGCUAUAGAUGAUCAGGUGGUGCAAGUGGUGAUUCAUGAGCUCGUUCGUGCUUAUGAUGAGUGUCGUGCUGCUAAUCUCGACUGGACUAACUGCGCUCAUCACGCUUGCAAUGAGUAUUUGUUGGAGCAGAUUCGAGCUAAUCAUCUCAGCGGUUAUUGCCACUUGAAACAAGAGCUUCUUCGUGGGCAUUUGAAGAUAAAGAAAAUACUCUCACAGUAUUAGGACUGGAUGAUACACUGCAAUAAACUGGAGCAGAGACUGAAUGUUAGUGAAAUUUGUAGCAGCAAGGAGCAAAUCAUGCAAAGAGUAGGUAACAUUGUUGGAUUAGAAACUCCUAUUGUUAUAUACCUUGCUGUUGCUGAUGACCUCCUUGAAGAUAACUCCGUACUCGAGGGGUGGGGCAAAGGUUUACUUCCUUUCGAGAAGAAGAAGUUGGGAGAAGAAGAAGUUGGGUGUUCUUGACACGUACAAGAAGCACCCCUAUCUGAUUCAAUCGGCUAUAGACUAUGAAGUUUGCUUGAGAUCUGAUGUGUUUGUGGGGAACACCUUCUCGACUUUCUCCAGCCUUAUUGUUCUUGACAGAACUCAAUUGAUGAUCAGCAAGGGUCUUACACAACAGUGCGGGUUAGAUGUUAGAUGGCCUUCUUAUGCCUACAAUUUAGAAGGUGAAUUAAAUGGUCCACGCCCUUGGGCAGCUAAUAUGUCGGAUGUGAGCCUCCAAGCCAUUAGUUAUGGUUCGAAUCAUGUUUCUUGUCGAUGAUUCUUGAGUUUUGUUUUCCAUGCUUAUUGUGGGAUGCGAUUUUCGACAAAUUCGGUGGUAAACCUUCAACUCCUUUUUGUAGAUGGCAUGAGGUACAUGAUUUUGGCCUUGUAUAUCUUCAGUGUUAGGCAAUCUUUUAUAUAUAAUUCUUCAUUCUUAUACUCCUUUGAAAUAUGUUAGGUUGUGUAAAUGAUAUGGAAUACUUCCCUGAUUAGUCAUUUACGUUUGAGAUUAUUCAUUGAUUGAAUUCUCUCCGAGUUAUUGAUACUUUGUAAAAGUAGGGGGAAAUUCGGAUUGAUCACAA